AACUCUGUGAGCACUUUCAGUUGUUGCAGCAGUUAAUACGUGGGGAGGAGAAAAAGUAACCGCUUAGCCGGAAACUCCAGCAAUCUGCCGGCAAUGUGGAAGCUCCACCGGAGCUUAUGCAUGAUUUCACUUCUCCUGCUUUGCUCCUCGGCGACUGCUAAGGGAUCUAGGGGUAGAGGCAGGAACUGGCUAACGCUUUCCGGAGAACCUCCUAUUGUCAUCGCAAGAGGGGGGUUUUCAGGAGUUUUUGCCGAUUCCAGCGAGUAUGCAUAUAGGCUUGCACAAUUAUAUGCCCCCAAUUCGCAAGCUUUGUGCAAUGUUCAGCUUACCAAAGAUGGGAUUGGAGUAUGCCUUGCAGAUAUCAAGCUUGAUAAUGCUUCUAACAUCAAUGUGAUUUACUCAGAUCGGAAUAGUUCCUACAAUGUGAAUGGAGAGCAGGUUAUAGGAUGGUUUUCUGUGGAUUUCACCCUCGACGAACUAGCACUUGUCAACCUGCAACAAAAUAUUUAUUCUCGUGCCCCUUACUUUGAUGGGACUCCAAUGCCAAUUCUUACUGUUAAAGAUGUAGUUAGUUUGAAACCACAUGGAUUAUGGUUAAACAUUCCGUAUGAUGAAUUUUUUAAACAGCACAAUCUGAGUAUGAGCAGCUUCAUUGUUUCUGCAUCCAAAUCCUACACUAUCAGUUAUAUUUCAUCACCUGAGGUGGGUUUCCUGAGAAGUAUUGGGCCAAGAUUGAGAACAGGCCGGACAAAGCUUGUGUUUCAAGUUCCAAGGGGUGAUAUAACAGAGCCUUCAACAAAACAAACAUAUGAUACACUUUUAUUGAACCUUACAUUUAUUAAAAGUUUUGCCUCUGGAAUUCUUGUUCCUAAAACUUAUAUAUGGCCACUAGAUAGUUCCUACUAUUUGCAGGGUCACACGGCCUUUGUAACAGAUGCACAUAAAGCAGGUUUAGAAGUUUUUGCAUCCAAUUUUGCAAAUGAUGCAUCAGUAAUACCAUAUAAUUACAGCUACGAUCCUGUGAACGAGUAUCUCUCGUUUAUUGACAACAGCCAAUUUUCUGUUGAUGGUGUGCUGUCUGACUUCCCAUUGACUCCAUCUGCAGCCAUAGACUGCUUUUCACACAUGAACAAGAAUGAUCCAAUCCAAGCAAAAUUUUUGAUUAUUUCCUCUGAGGGCGCCAGUGGUGAUCUUCCUAGUUGUACUGAUAUGGCUUAUAUUAAAGCUGUGUCAGACGGUGUGGAUAUACUUGAUUGCCCUGUGCAAGUGACAAGUGAUGGAAUACCUUUUUGCUUGGGAUCUAUUGACCUCCGACAGAAAACAGAAAAUGCUGCCAUGCAAUUUAGCAAUAGGAUUGCAACCAAUACAGAUCUUAAUAUAAAGAAUGGGGUUUUCACCUACAAUCUUACAUGGAGUGAAAUUCAGAGCUUGAAGCCUGGCAUGACCAAUCCAUAUACAAAUUACAAUCUGUUUCGAAAUCCAAAAGCUGUUGGAGGGAGUUUCCUGCCGUUAUCAGAAUUUUUGUCAUUUGCAAGUAAUGCAUCUUCUGUCUCUGGAGUCCUCAUCAGUAUAGAGAAUGCUGCCUACCUUGCUGAGAAUCAGGGAUUAGGGGUAACUGAUAUAGUUUUGGAUACUUUGAACAAAGCCGGCUAUAAUAAUCGGACAACCAGGAGGACUAUGAUUAAAUCCAGUGAAAGUGCAGUACUGAAAAAGAUUAAGAGCAGCAGCAGCAACUACGAACUUGUCUAUGAAGUCGAUAAGAAUAUCCGCGACAUCUCGAAUGACACUAUUUUGGCGAUAAAAACAUUUGCUAGUGCAGUGGUUGUCUCCAAAAACUCCGUGUUUUCUUCUGACGGGGGCAUUCUCACCAGUGACACAAAGGUUGUCCCGAAGCUCCAUGACUUCAAGCUCCCCGUCUAUGUCAGUACCUUCCGCAAUGAAUACGUUUCUCAAGCAUGGGACUACUUCUCUGAUCCAUAUAUGGAGAUCAACACACACGUCAACUACAUGGAAGUCGAUGGUGUCAUAACAGAAUACCCUGCCACGGCGUCCAGAUUCAGAAGGAACAGAUGCCUGGGGUAUAAAACGAAGCCUAACUACAUGACUCCUGUCCAGCCGGGGGGGCUACUUCCAUUUAUAACAAAAAGCUCGAUGCCUCCAGCCGAGGCGCCGGAGCCAGUCUGGACAGAGAGUGACUUGGCGGAGGCUCCUCUCCCCCCGGUCCGGAAGAGGCUUCCCACCCUUGAUACCAGCAACAGCUCCACUUCGCCGGCUCUAAAUUCGCCAAAUGGCCAAUCCAGGCUCGUCGCAAGCUCGAUCUUCGCUAUUAUUUCCACUGUUUGCUCUGCCAUUUUGCUCUGAGCCCUGAGGCAAGUAUGUUGUACAUCAUUCUGCAAUCUCUCUCUCUAUAUAUAUCUGUAUGUAUGUAUGUAUGUAUUCCUGUGAUUUGCUUCCAUACAAAAGUAGCAGUUUAGAAUUUACAAUAUGUUCAUAGUUUUCCUGUGUGGAUCAUUUUGUUAAUUAGGUUGGUUUUGUAGUUGGUUGGUGUGUGGAAGUUUGUAUUAUUUCAUGUCAAGAAACUCUGUACUAUAUAUAUAUUAUGUGUAAUAUUCGUACAAUCAGAGGUUUUUAACAAUUGGGAUGGAUGGAUA